AUGACGGUCUUUGCUGUACUUCUAAUCGCUCAAGUUGCUCCAGCAUUCAUCGAGGGGAGCAGCAUCCAGUUCGUCUAUCCCCGGUUACGCAACUUCAAGACGCUGCAUCAUCCGUUGUUGCAUUCCACCGCGAAGAAGAACAGUCCUACAACGUCCAGCAACACUGCAGUGCAGAACCAUCACCACUCCGGGCGAGGAUCACUGUUUCGCAUCAUUCCCGUGACGCUGUACGGGCGAGAACGAUCGAUUACGACGUUCGCUUUUCUAGACGAUGGAUCGUCUAUAACUCUGGUCGAAGAUUCGUUAGUUGAUUACCUAGGUAUCGAAGGCAAAGUCGAUAAUCUGUGUCUAACUUGGACGGCCAAUGUUACUCGCUCAGAGGAGCUGUCUAAACUGGUGAGUUUGGACAUAUCGGGUGUCGCACAGCAGAAGAAAUUCACUAUUGCUGAAGCACGAACGGUAAGGAACUUGGGAUUACCCAAGCAGACCAUGUGCUACGAGGAAUUCGUGGAACUUUAUCCAUACCUCGCUGGGAUACCGAUCCAAGACUAUGAGGAUGCUGUUCCAAGAAUUUUAAUUGGAAAUGAUAAUGCACAUUUGAGUGUUACCUUGAAGAUGCGUGAAAGGAAAAUGGAUGAGCCCAUCGCCACCAAAACGCGACUGGGAUGGUCAAUCCAUGGUCCAACGGCGACGGUGGAAAAGAAACGAUGCUUCAGUAUGCACAUGUGUCAGUGUGCCAGUAAUGACGAAAGCUUGCACGAAUUAGUGAAGCAGUAUUUUUCGCUGGAUAAUAUGGGGGUAUCUGUGAAACGAAACGUAGAGUCCGACGAAGAUCAGCGAGCGAGGCGAAUUUUGCAAAACACUACACAACGUGUUGGCUUUCGUUUUGAAAUCGGCUUGCUAUGGAAGUACGAUAACUUCGAAUUUCCCGACAGCUAUUUCAUGGCUGUCCGAAGACUGGAAUGUCUGGAGCGAAGGAUGAAAGCGAAUCCCGAACUCUGUGUUGGUGUGAAUAAACAAAUAGAAGAAUAUAAAAGAAAAGGAUACAUCGUGAAGGUAACUGAAGAAGACCUGAUUACUGCCGAUCCUCGAAAAGUUUGGUAUUUGCCAUUAGGUGUGGUCAUCAACCUCAAAAAGCCAGGCAAAAUCCGCAUUUUCUGUGAUACGGCCGCGGAAGUAGACGGAGUGAGUCUAAACACGAUGCUAAUUAAAGGACCUGACUUACUAGUACCCUUGAAGUCGGUUCUGACCGGUUUCCGCGAACGGAGAGUAGCGGUUUGCGCGGAUGUGAAAGAAAUGUUUCACCAAAUGGUGAUGAGACGGGCAGACAGACAAUCACAACGAAUCUUGUUGAGGCAGAAUCCGAACCAGGAACUACAGGUUUACUUCAUGAAUGUGGCCACCUUUGGUUCUGCAAGUUCACCGUGUUCUGCACAAUUUGUUAAGAACCCUAACGCUAGCGAAUAUGCGGACCAAUACCCGGACGCGUCGGAUGCCAUAAUACGGAAGCAUUAUGUUGACGAUUAUUUGGACAGCAUGGGCAGCGAAGAGGAAACGAUUAGAAGGGCGAAAGAGGUGCGCGUGCCGCGUUGUUAUUUUCCGGGGCAGUCGUCAACGAAAUUUAAAAAUAUACAAUUGCAUAUGUUCGUGGAUGCCAGUGUGGCCGCAUUUGCUUGUGUCGCUUAUCUGCGCGGUGAAGUAGCUGGACAAAUACAAUGUGCUUUGGUAACCGGGAAGGCGAAGGUAGCUCCACUCAAGUUAAUGUAUGUGCCCCGAUUGGAGCUCCAAGCUGCGGUGCUAGGGGCGCGACUGGUCGAGAGCAUCUGCUCCACUCACACUCUGCCUAUCACGAAGAGAUUCAUUUGGACCGACUCGAAGACAGUGUUGGGAUGGAUUAACUCCGAUCAACGAAGAUAUCGCCAAUUCGAGGCUUUCAGCAUUGGGGAGAUCCUUGAGAAAACAAAAGCCAACGAAUGGCAUUGGGUUCCCUCGGAUUCGAAUGCCUCUGAUGAUGCGACCAAGUGGAAAAGGGGACAGAAUUUGUGCCCGGAAGGUCGCUGGUUCGGAGGACCUAAUUUUUUACAUUUGAGUGAGGAAUAUUGGCCAUCAACCCCAGAAGAGAAAGAUGACACAACUGAGGAACAGCAGUCCAGUAUGGUAAUGCAUCAUUUUAUCAUCGAUUCGGUGUUUGACUGGGAGCGGUUUUCAAAUUGGAACCGUUUGACUAGAACCGUUUGGUUCGUGGUCCGAUAUCUCGGAAAUUUGAGGGCAAUAGCACGGCGACUUCCUACAACGAAAGGCCCGCUGAGUCAAGAAGAGUUGGCAAAAGCGGAGGCGUGGAUAUUUCAUUCAACCCAAAAAGAGAUCUUCGCAAAGGAAGUGACCAUGAUGUCUACAGUUCAUACUACAGGAAAAAGUAAGCUUCUACACGGUAAUAUGGAAACCGUAAUUAAUGAGUUACGACAGCGAUUCCAUGUAUCCAACCUACGCACCGUCGUUCGAGGCGCAGUGAAGGAAUGUCUGCAAUGCAAUGUGUCCAAGGCAGUUCCUUCGGUACCCAGAAUGAGUCGUCUACCAGCGGCCAGGCUAGGAGCAUUUUUCCGACCGUUUACAUUUGUCGGUCUGGACUACUUUGGCCCAAUGACGGUCCGCGUAGGACGUAACAAUGUGAAACGUUGGGUAGCCUUAUUUACGUGUCUUUCCAUCCGUGCUGUGCAUCUAGAAGUCGUGCAUUCAUUGUCGACAGAAUCGUGUAAGAUGGCUGUUCGGCGGUUUGUGGCACGGCAUGGAUCUCCGUCAGAAAUUUACAGCGAUAACGCGACAAACUUUCUAGAUGCCAGCAACGAACUUCGGAACGCCAAGCGUGGGUACAAACAUCCACCGGAGUGUUGCGAAGACCGCUGCGCUACCGAAUUAUCGGACUGUUGGAGCAUGAUUAAAACAGCCAUAAACAGCGUAGCGGAGAACAUCCUAGGACACAUGGAACGAAAACGACGGUUCGAGUGGUUCGAUGAGUGUCAGCAAGUGUUAUACGAGAAGAACGCUGCGCGGGAGCUAAUGAUGCGUCAAACUACCCGUCAGAACGUGGAACGAUAUAGACAAAAGCGGAGACAGCAAACCUAA